AUGACGAAAUCUACAGCCUCCCUUCUCACAUUCUUGCUAAGCUCUGUUUUCCAUGAAAUUGUCAUGAUUGUCGUCAGUGGCAAGGUUCGAGGUUAUCUAUUCAUGAUGCAAAUGACCCAGUAUCCGCUCAUUUUAAUGGGAAGAACCAAAUUCAUUCGUCAGAGGCCUGUUCUUGGUAAUUUCUUGUUCUGGCUGGGCAUGAUGAUCGGCUUCCCUGCUCUGAAUAUCUUAUAUCUAAUGUUUUAG